AUGGCGCCCACUACAAGGGCAUCACGCCCAGUCAAGCCAGAGGUAGACACGGUGGACAACGUGUUGGAGAAGCUGGCCCAGACGGCGAAGUUUGACUGCGACUGGCCGACACUCCGACACCACUUUUACCUCGCGCUCCUCGCUGCUCUACCUCUCUUCCUCGAACUAGGCCCCCCAGUGUCCUUGGCAGGAAGGGUACCUGUGGUUGCUGCUGAAUCCACACCACCGCGCACAGGACCCCGUCCCGGACCGAGUGGCGCAAGCAGCGGCAGUGCGAGCAGCGAUGCGCUCCUCCUCUCCCCCGGCCGUGGCGGCUGGUCUGAUGGCGAGGGUUCAGGGGGUCUCACCCCUCCUCGGGAUGACGCGGCUGACGCAUCUCUUCGGCCAUCCACGCAGGGUGGGCUUGUCAUUCUUCCCUUCCCUCCUCUCGACUCUGGACGGAGACGCCGGUCCAUGUCCGGCGAGCAGCCGCGCGUGAACGGCGGUACACCUUCAGCGCGGGGAAACCCGUUUGACGAAGAGUGGGAUGAGGAGGUGAUCAUUGGUGGUCGCAAGUUGACUGCGUACCUGGAUGAGGAGGACGGCAAGAAGGAGGUGGCGAAGGUCGCCACCAGGCUCGAAGAGUUGACGUUUGCCCCAUUCACGGUACAGCGCCUCGCCGAGCUCCUUUUGGCACCCACAAAGCUCCAUACGUCGUUGGGCAAGUUCCUUCGCGCAAUCGAAAAGAUGCUCAACGUGACCACGGCAUACACCCCGCCCUCAUACACCUACGUCCCUCCCACCAGUCUACCUGUGGAGGCAUUGGGUUCCGCAAGUUCCCCGGGCUCCACCUCUGCCGCGGCGUCCAUGUCUGGUUCAUCUGAAGACUCGACCGUGCCUCCCGGCUCAAUGACGCCAAUGUUCUCCCCCAUCCCCUUCCUCGUCCACGGCCAUGACGAUGGUUUGGGUGAAGCCAUGCUCGACUCAGACGGGGCGAUGGAGGAUUCCCUCAUGUCCCCACUCAUGCUCGAGACUGGCAGCAGUGGAGCGUUUGCAGGACAGCAAGCUGAGAGGGCGCGCAGUCCUACUCCAGAGCCUGAGGAGGAGGCCAGUAGUGUAGGCCCCAGCACGGCUGCCUCGUCCGAGACGACCAGUGCCAACGGCAAUGGCGACUCCUCCGACCCAGGCCACCAGUCAUACCUGGGCCGAGUAGACGAGCUUGACGCAGGUCCCAUCACGUCGAACGGACACGCCGAGACUGCCUCGACCGCGCCAGACGCUGCCGGUGCCGGCUCCACUGGUGGCGUGGGCGAGCACGGUGCCAUGACCCCGCACGGAAUGAGUGAUCGCCCCGUCCCGCUCAGCUCCACUACCGUCAUUGGAGAGAGCGCCGAGGCGGACCUGGCCGAGCGCGAGAUCGCCCCCUUGCCUCGCACGGCGAGUCGUGCGGAUGUGCCUGCUACCGCUGGCGACGAGGAUGCUGAGAUGGCGAGUGCUGAGAGUGCUGAGAAGGAACGAGACGAGAGUAGUGUGGACAAGGCGGACAAGGAGAAUGAGGAGUCCAAGGAGGGAGAGGGAGCGAUCGAGGUGGAUGAGAAGGACGGCAAUGAGGACGGGAAGAAGGAAUAG